AUGUCAAAUAAAAUAUUAAUAAAGAAAAAUAAAGUUACUUUAAAUCAGCCACCAAUAAUUCUUGGAAGGGGUGCUAUGGGAGAAGUGUACUUAGCCACUUUUCGAAAUAAAACCGUUGUAAUAAAAAAGAGUCAGAGUGCUAUCGAUAUAUUAUUAAAAGAGUAUAGUAAUUACACGAAAUUACAAAAUCAUCAUAAUAUAUUAAAAUUCUAUGGAGUAAUACGAGAUGAUCGUUAUUCUUUUUCUUUGGUAUUGGAAUACGCAAAAAAUGGAAAUCUUUCAAGUUAUCUUAGAACUCACACCACAAAUUUUAAUUUCAAAGCUAAAGUUUGCCAUAGUAUAUUACUUGGUUUAAUGCAUUGUCACGAUAAUAAUAUUCUUCAUUUUGAUUUAAAACCCGAGAAUAUUUUAUUGGAUGAUAAAUUAGUACCUAAACUUGCGGAUUUUGGAGUUUCAUUAACAAAAAGUCGAAUGAUUUUGGAUGGUGGUAAAGCGGGCGGUACCAUGAAUUAUGUAGCACCCGAACUUGCCAAGGAUGGUGAACAUCCUUAUGAAAAUUUUGAUAUAGAAGAAAUCAAAGAACAAAAAAGAGAUUUGAAUUCGAUAUUAUACCUUUCAACGCAAUUACCAAAAGAUACACCAAAAGAUUACUGUUCACUUAUAAUUGAUUUAACAAAAUUUGAUCCGAAAGAAAGAAUUGAUUUACCACGCGCUAGAAUUGAAUUGGAAAAAGUUUCCAGUCGUAGAAAUUCAAAAGGUUCAAAGAUAGACAGUUUAGAUAGUUUAAGUAUAGAUGAUUUGGAAUCAGAUGAAGAAAAUAAUAUUUCAACGUCUGGAGAUUCAACUUUAAGAUCUAUUGAAUCACCUAUUACAAGUGAUGAUAUAGGAUUUGAAAAAUUCGCAAUUGAAAUAAGCGAAUAUAAUAAAAAACCCAUUGAUCGUGAAUCAACUCGAUCAUCAACUCGUAGAUCAUCUCAAUCCACUAAUCACAAAUCAAUUCAAUCUAUUGAUCGUAAAAGUAUUAUUAUUAAUGAUGAACCAAAUUCUAUCGAUGAUUAUGAUGGUGGUGGUGGUAAUGAUUUGGAUAAUUUAAAAAAAUUAAAUGUAGAUAAUUAUGAUACUUUUCAUUCUAAUUUAGAAUUGAUGAAUGAAGUUUAUACUUUAUUUAAUGAUUGGGAGAAACUUUCUAACGAUUUAUUGAGUAAAAGAAUUGAAAUUUUAUGUCAAGAGAAGGGAAUUACAACUAAAGAUUUAUUAACUAUAUUUGAAGAAAAUGUAUCGAACACUGCAGAUUAUUAUUUCGUUAUGGGAUUUAUGAAUGAAUUGGCAAUUGGUAAAACGAAAGAUUUAAAAUUAUCAUUUGAAUAUUAUUCCAAAGGAGCAGAAUUGGGUGAUCCACGUAACGAAGUAUUUAUAGGUUGGUGUUAUUACAAAGCUAUAAAACGCGCUGAUGAAGUAUUAAAAACAAUUAAUGGAGGAAGGGGUUUUUGGGAGAAAUUAUUUUAUGGUAUAUUCCGAUCGUUUAAUACCUAA